AUGACUAUCAACUUAGACAAAUGCGAAUUUGGUAAGACCUCCCUGAAAUUUCUCGGUCAUUUAAUCGAUAGCCAAGGAAUCAGACCAGUCCCUGAUGACGUACAAGCUAUCAAAGAUUAUCCACUACCAGAUUCUUUUAAAAAAUUACGACGAUUUUUGGGUCUCGUUAAUUUUUACCGGCGUUUUAUUCCCAACUGUGCUAAAGCUUUACAACCAUUAACCGAUUGCUUACGUGGACACAGUCGUUCAUUCCAUUUGCCCGCAGAAGCUGUUAAAGCAUUCGAAAAUGUCAAACAAUUGUUAAAUGACAAGACACUUCUAGUCAGACGCCAAAAUGAUGCCCCCCUGUCUCUCAUGA